CGCGCAGUGCGGCUGCGCCGGCGUCUCGGGCUCCGAGGCCCCGGUGCCGCGGAUCUUUUGUUUCCCUGCGGGGCUGCGAGCCACAUCGUCUGUUAGGACCGAGUUGGAGCUGGAGUGUGUCAGAGCCGAGGCCCGAGUCGGAGUGAGUUCCGACUGUCAGCGCCGUGAGGGUACCGCAGAGGACGCCGAGGGAGUGCGUCCCUCCGUCCGCCGGCCUGUGGGACUGGGACCCGGCCCAGGCCUGCCCCAUGGGGCUCGGGGCCCCGGCGAUGAGCCGGCGCCUCUGUCUCCGCGUACGCGGCCCGCCGGCCUCCGCCUGAGCCCAGCGCACCCCGUAGCGCCGCCCCCGGGCCCGCGCCCCCGGCCCGCGCGCGCUAUGGAGACGGGCCGCGGCGGCGUCGAGACCGUGGGCAAGUUCGAGUUCUCUCGCAAAGACCUGAUUGGACACGGCGCCUUCGCGGUGGUCUUCAAGGGUCGACACCGCGAGAAGCACGACCUGGAGGUGGCCGUCAAAUGCAUUAACAAGAAGAACCUUGCCAAGUCCCAGACACUGCUAGGAAAGGAAAUCAAAAUCCUGAAGGAACUAAAGCACGAAAACAUUGUGGCGUUGUAUGACUUCCAGGAGAUGGCCAAUUCUGUCUACCUGGUCAUGGAGUAUUGUAAUGGUGGAGACCUGGCUGACUACCUGCACACUAUGCGCACACUGAGUGAAGACACUGUCAGGCUGUUCCUACAACAGAUUGCUGGUGCCAUGCAGCUGUUACACAGCAAGGGCAUCAUUCACCGUGAUUUGAAGCCCCAGAAUAUUCUGCUGUCCAAUCCCGGGGGUCGACGUGCCAACCCCAGCAACAUCCGAGUCAAGAUUGCUGACUUUGGAUUUGCCCGGUACCUCCAGAGCAACAUGAUGGCGGCCACGCUCUGUGGCUCUCCUAUGUACAUGGCCCCUGAGGUCAUCAUGUCCCAGCACUACGAUGGGAAGGCUGACCUAUGGAGCAUUGGCACCAUUGUCUACCAGUGUCUGACAGGGAAGGCCCCUUUUCAGGCCAGCAGCCCUCAGGAUUUGCGCCUGUUUUAUGAGAAGAACAAGACACUAGUUCCUGCCAUCCCACGGGAGACAUCAGCUCCCCUGCGGCAGUUGCUCCUGGCUCUGUUGCAGCGUAACCACAAGGACCGCAUGGACUUUGAUGAAUUUUUCCACCACCCUUUCUUAGAUGCCAGCACCCCCAUCAAGAAAUCCCCACCUGUGCCUGUGCCCUCAUAUCCAAGCUCAGGGUCUGGCAGCAGCUCCAGCAGCAGCUCUGCCUCCCACUUGGCAUCUCCCCCGUCCCUGGGGGAGAUGCCGCAACUGCAGAAGACCCUUACCUCCCCAGCUGAUGCUGCUGGCUUUCUGCAGGGGUCCCGGGACUCUGGUGGCAGCAGCAAAGACUCCUGUGACACAGAUGACUUUGUUAUGGUCCCAGCCCAGUUUCCAGGUGAUCUAGUCCCUGAGGCAGCCAGUGCCAAGCCCCCACCUGACAGUCUGCUGUGUAGUGGGAGCUCACUGGUGGCCUCUGCUGGCCUAGAGAGCCAUGGCCGCACCCCAUCUCCCUCUCCGACCUGCAGCAGCUCUCCCAGCCCCUCUGGCCGGCCUGGUCCCUUCUCCAGCAACAGGUACGGUGCCUCGGUCCCCAUUCCUGUCCCCACUCAGGUGCACAACUACCAGCGCAUCGAGCAGAACCUGCAGUCACCUACUCAACAGCAGACGGCCCGGUCUUCUGCCAUCCGAAGGUCAGGUAGCACCAGCCCUCUGGGCUUUGGUCGGGCCAGCCCAUCACCUCCCUCGCACACUGAUGGAGCCAUGCUGGCCAGGAAGCUGUCACUAGGAGGUGGCCGUCCCUACACACCCUCUCCCCAAGCCACCCUUUUCCUACCAGUGGGAACCAUCCCCGAGCGGCCCAGCUGGAGCAGAGUGCCCUCCCCACAAGGAGCUGAUGUGCGGGCUGGCAGGUCACCACGACCAGGCUCCUCUGUGCCUGAGCACUCUCCACGAACCACCGGGCUGGGCUGCCGCCUGCACAGUGCCCCCAACCUUUCGGACUUCCAUGUUGUUCGUCCCAAGCUGCCUAAGCCUCCAACAGACCCACUGGGAGCUACCUUCAGCCCACCCCAGACCAGCGCACCCCAGCCAUGCCCAGGGCUACAGUCUUGCCGGCCACUGCGUGGCUCACCUAAGCUGCCUGACUUCCUACAGCGGAGUCCCCUACCCCCCAUCCUAGGCUCUCCUACUAAGGCUGGACCCUCGUUUGACUUCCCCAAAGCCCCCAGCUCUCAGAGUUUGCUGACCCUGUUGGCUAGGCAGGGUGUAGUAAUGACACCACCUCGGAACCGUACACUGCCUGACCUCUCAGAGGCGGGUCCUUUCCAGGGCCAGCAGCUGGGCUCUGGCCUACGGCCUGCCGAAGACACAAGGGGCCCCUUUGGCCGGUCCUUCAGCACCAGCCGCCUUACGGACCUGCUGCUUAAGGCUGCAUUUGGGACACAGGCCUCUGACUCAGGCAGCACUGACAGUCUACAGGAGAAACCUAUGGAGAUUGCUCCCUCUGCUGGCUUUGGAGGGACUCUGCAUCCAGGAGCUCGUGCUGGAGGGGCAAGCAGCCCAGCACCUGUGGUAUUUACUGUGGGCUCCCCACCCAGUGGUACCACCCCACCCCAGAGUACCCGCACCAGAAUGUUCUCAGUGGGCUCUUCCAGCUCCCUGGGCUCGACUGGCUCCUCCUCUGCCCGCCACUUAGUGCCUGGGGCUUGUGCAGAGGCCCCGGAGCUUUCUGCCCCAGGCCACUGCUGUAGCCUUGCUGACCCCCUUGCUGCCAACUUAGAGGGGGCUGUGACCUUCGAGGCUCCUGACCUCCCAGAGGAGACCCUCAUGGAGCAAGAGCACACGGAGACCCUACACAGCCUGCGCUUCACACUAGCGUUUGCACAGCAAGUUCUGGAGAUUGCAGCCCUGAAGGGCAGUGCCAGUGAGGCAGCCGGGGGCCCUGAGUACCAGCUUCAGGAAAGUGUGGUGGCUGACCAGAUCAGUCAGUUGAGCCGAGAGUGGGGCUUUGCAGAGCAACUGGUUCUGUACUUGAAGGUGGCUGAGCUGCUCUCUUCAGGCUUACAGACUGCCAUUGACCAGAUUCGAGCUGGCAAGCUCUGCCUUUCGUCUACUGUGAAGCAGGUGGUACGCAGACUAAAUGAGCUGUAUAAGGCCAGCGUGGUAUCCUGCCAGGGCCUCAGUCUGCGGCUUCAGCGCUUCUUUCUGGACAAGCAACGGCUGCUGGAUGGGAUCCAUGGUGUCACUGCAGAGCGGCUUAUCCUCAGCCAUGCUGUGCAGAUGGUACAAUCAGCUGCACUCGAUGAGAUGUUCCAGCACCGAGAGAGCUGUGUACCUCGAUAUCACAAAGCCCUGCUGUUGUUGGAGGGGCUGCAGCACACUCUCACGGACCAGGCAGACAUUGAGAACAUUGCCAAAUGCAAGCUGUGCAUUGAGAGGAGACUCUCGGCCCUGCUGAGUGGCGUCUAUGCCUGACCACCUGCUGCCAACCUGCAGCAGGAGAGUGUCUGAGACCUGGCAGACUGUCCUCAACACUGAUCUGAUGGUGCUGAGACUGCUGCCAGCCAACUCCAGCAGGGAUGCUACACGGUGGACCUGUGCAUGCAGACUGGUGCAACUCCUGCUUCCUAGGCUGCCAGUCUCUGCUGGCAGGUAGACAUCAGAGUGCCAGGGACAGCUCCCUUACCCACUGGGACAGGAGUUUCUGAACUGUUCUUCCUAGCUGGCUCCCCUGGCAAGCAGGUACGGCGCCAAGAGGUGGUAGCUGAUGUGUGUGGGCACCUGCCACCUGCAGAGCCCAAGGCAGCCCUGUAGACAGGCAAGGCCCUGAGACUGUUGCUGACUCCAAGCCAAAGCAAGCUUUUUCUCACAGUUCACUUGCCCCAUUGCUCGUCCAAGAAAAGAGGGUAUGGUCUUCUGGCCUCCUGAUCUCUCUAGGAACUUCUCCCUCUGAGACUACCCACCCAGCUUUGUAAGUCACCGGAGCACUUUAUGCAUACAGAGACUGGAGAACCUAGCCAGCAGUGCAGACUGCUGGGAACCUGCCUCCUGUUCCUGGCUUUCGUCCUCCAAGAUGCUGUAUAGAUGCAGACCAUGUCUUCGUGUAUAAAACGCCCAGUGUUCACCUCCUCCUGUGUCUGGUCUUUGGAGGAAAGCAACAGACUUGCCUCCUGAGGGGAGACAGUCCUCAUGUUUAAAUGUUCAGUAGGGACAGUCGUCGUGUGUGAAACACCAGGCUUUUUAAACUCAACUUUACCCCCAAGAUGUGUCCCCACCCUCUCAGUUUUUCUUCAUACAAGGAAGCUUCAGAUGUUUAAGGAUUGGAAGGGUGGAGGCAGGGCAGGUCAAGUAUCACAUUGGAUGUUGCCCUUGUGUGUAGGAGAUGGUGCCAGCUGUGUGUGUGACUGAGGCUGUAGUGUGUGCAUGAGUGAGUGUGCUGCUGGUCUCAUUAACUUUCCCUGUGGAUGGCAGAAAGGGCAGUGCCCAGCCACCGUCCUUCCCAUGCAGUAGCAGGUGUGGGUGAAGAAAAACAUAUGCAAACAUGUCCUCUGUAGAGCUUUCCGGUCAGUCUGGCUCCUGUGCUUGGUGGCCUUCAGGGUCUGUGCUGAAGCUCGUCUUCCAGGCUCCAGGGUGGACAUAGCUAAUACCUUCCCAGCCUCCCUGGUCUGCCAGUCCUUUGUCACCGCUGUCCAUGCAUACUUGAAAGUAUCUGAGUGUCCACACAGCAGAUAUGGGGUUUCUGUCCCACAACAACAUAGGCCACACACACAUACACAAAAACACGUUUUUCUUUGCAAUACUUGAAAUAUUGCCACUGUGCUUGGUUGUACAAGAGUUGUACAAGAAAGCAGAUCUCUUAAGACCAGUCUCUUCCUUAGUUGCCCCAUGACCUCCCUUGCAUGUAACAUGUUGUAUUUAUUGCUUUGUGGCCAACCGGAACCCAGAGCCACCAGGGAGGCUAGUGCAGGGGUUCCUUACCCACCACCUGGUUCCUAAAGGCUCCUGGGUGGCUGUGUGUGUGUGUGGCUGGCUGUGUAUGGUGUGAGCCAAACCUGCUCACUGAACCAGUGCUCAGGCCUGUCAAUUUUAAGAUGAAUUUUGUGAGUCUCCCCCUUUUGUGUUUCACUGUGUCAUAUCAGUUUAAGAAAAUAAAAUUUGGAAUUAUU